AUGCAAUCAGAGGAGGUGGUCCGGGGAAUGCUGUACCUGUCUCUCACUGUGGUUGGAGUUCCGGGAAACACUGCUGUCAUCGUGGCCUUCCUCCUGGCACUGUACCAGGAGCAUCAGCUUCUUCCUGCUGACGCCAUUGUGCUGCACCUGGCCUGUGCCAACCUGCUGGUGGUAGGUGUGCGCUGCCUGCUGGAGACCCUGGCCACCUUCCGCCUGGUCAACAUCUUCGGGGACACGGGCUGCCAGGGGGUGAUCUUUGUCUACCGUACGUCUCGUUCCCUCUCCAUCUGGCUCACCUUUGUGCUGAGUGCCUACCAGUGCCUGAGCAUCGCUACUCCCGGCUCCCGCUGGGCCUCCAUCCGUGUCCUAGUGGCUCGCUACCUGGCAGUGAUCUUCCUCACCCUUUGGGUCAUCAAUACCUCCAUGAGCUCGGCAGCCAUAGCCUUCUCCCUGGGCUCCCGGAAUGACUCGGUCAACAUGCAGCACAGCAUUAAUGUUCAAUUCUGCUAUGUUCGCUUUCCUACUAUGCAGUCCAAACAGGUGAACGGGGCUGUCCAGGUAGGGAGGGACGUGGUACCUAUGGGCAUGAUGACCCUGGCCAGUCUGGUCAUCCUUGUGUUCCUGUACCGCUACAGCCAGCAGGUGAAGGGACUCCGCAGCAGCUCUGGGGCCAGCGGUGGGGCAGAGCGGCGGGCGGCUAAGGCUGUAGUGGUCUUGGUGACACUGUAUGUGGUCCUCUAUGGGGUGGAUAAUGGACUGUGGGUAUACACCCUCACCGUGAGGAAGACCAUGAGCUCCUCACUGAUCUCAGACCUGCGUAUAUUCUUCUCGUCGCUGUAUGCAGCGCUCAGCCCCCUGGUGAUCAUAGCCACCAACAGGAAGGUGAACAGCAGGCUGAGGUGUGUGGUGCAGGAGAGGCCCGUUCAGGACAAAGCCACUACACUAUCUACUGUCUGAGUUAGGGACCUUAUUGUAGUAAGAUGGUAACAAAGAUGAAUGUUGAUUAUAAAUUAAUUAUAUUGCUAUUAGAAUAUGGAGUAGAAAACACAUAGAGCUAACAUUGUACAUUGUUAAAGGCAUGGCAAAAGUAUCUUGACGUCUUGUACUCACAUUUUUUAAGAAGACUUUUCUUCUGUUUAAUAUUCUUUAAUAUACUGUAUA